CUUGAAGCCAUGAAAAUUAUUAUGGGCCCAAAAAAUUAGAACUCAAAAUAGUUUACAGAGAUCAGCGAGCCGAAGGCAGUUGGAGUAGAGAGAAACAUGGUUUAUGCGUAUACACAAAACCUUUACUAAAAAACAAUCCUCCCUCUUCAUCAGAUUCCCUCCGGCUUUCUCUCUCUCUCAUCUUCAGUUCUAGUUUCCGGCAACAACAAGAAAUUCAGAUUGGUGGAUUCUAACCCACUACAGAAUUUCCUGUUCUUGCUGCUUAUCAAGUUAUCAUCAUGGAUGAUGAUGUAGUGCACCGAGUCUUACAAGAAGGUGGCCGGGAUUACUACCAAGAAACCCCCUCUACUUCCUCAUCGUCUCCGUCUAUUCUUCAAUCUCUUCCCCUUCAUGCGUCUUUUGAUCGUGGGUAUUACUUGUUGGUGAAAUCAAUUCAAGAACUUAGAUCUAAAAAAGAGGGAAUUGUAGCUGUUGGCAUUGGUGGUCCUAGUGGAUCCGGUAAAUCAAGCUUGGCAGAAAAAGUGGCAUCCGUUAUUGGUUGCAGUGUCAUAUCAAUGGAAAACUAUCGCACUGGAGCUGAUGAAGGGAAUGAUUUGAGUUCAAUAGAUUUUGAUCUUCUAGUUCAGAAUCUUCAGGAUUUGUUGAAGGGUAAAGAUAUAUUAACACCAGUGUUCGAUUUCCAACAAAAAAGACGCAUUGGAACUACAGAAAUCAAGAGUACCUCUUUCGGGGUGGUAAUAGUUGAUGGAACUUAUGCUCUUCAUGCAAGACUACGCUCGCUGUUAGACAUUCGUGUGGCAGUGGUUGGCGGAGUGCAUUUUAGUCUUCUUUCAAAAGUGAAAUAUGAUAUUGGAGAGUCUUGCUCAUUGGACAAUCUAAUUGAUAGCAUUUUCCCUUUGUUUAGGAAGCAUAUUGAGCCAGAUCUUCACCAUGCACAGAUCAGAAUCAACAAUAGUUUUGGUCAAUCAUUUAGAGAUUCAAUUUACAAGCUCAAAUGUAAAAGCGAGUCAGAAAGUGGUCAACCAGCCUACUCUUUUCCAAAAAAGGAAGCACAGAUUGAUAAUUUCAUUGAGAUGUAUUUAAGGCCUCCAUCAGCAAGUGAAGAAGCACGUGUUAAUGAUUGGAUUAAAGUGAGACAAAGUGGUAUCAGAUAUUAUCUUUCAUUGGGUGACCGAAGAAUCGUUGACAAAAAUUUCAUUAUUCGCCCAAAAGCCGAGUUUGAGGUGGGAAGAAUGACCCUAGGUGGGUUAUUGGCUUUGGGUUACAAUGUUGUUGUCAGUUAUAAACGCGCGUCAAAAUCAAUCAUUUAUGACAAUCUUUCAAUCUCCCUGGAGACAAUCGAUACUCUUUCUGAAACGUAUUUAGUCCUUAGAGGCAGAGAUAGAAAGAUGGUUGAAGCAGAGGCAUUAAGGCUAGGGAUUACAGGACCAUGGAUCACAAGAUCAUAUCUUGAAAUGAUUCUUGACACUAAAGGUGUUCCACGCCUUAAUACACCUCCUCUUUUACCUACAAUAAUAUCACCUUCAUCUACACAUAAAGAGCCACCAUUAAUUGCACCAAAGCCACUGCGUAUUCGUCCAGAAUUAGUGAACAGGGAUGAUGACAUGUCACAACCAUGGACUCGAUCCCCCACCAAGUCCAAAGUGGAGCCAGUUUUAGCCCCAUGGCAAUUCAUCUCAUCAGAUGGAUCUUCAAUUGGGAUACACAUACACUGCAGCUUGCUCCAAUGCCUGAUUCUUUUGAUCUUGAUAGGGGACUGUUACUUGCUGUACAAGCAAUACAAGCUUUGUUGGAGCACAAGGGCAUGCCAGUCAUUGUUGGAAUUGGUGGGCCAAGUGGGUCCGGGAAAACUAGUCUGGCCCGCAAAAUGGCAAAUAUUGUUGGUUGUGAAGUUAUUUCUCUUGAAAAUUAUUAUAAAAUCUGAGCAAUCAAAAGACUUCAAAUAUGAUGACUUCCGCUCACUGGAUCUACCUUUACUCACAAAGAAUAUUGGUGAUAUGAGAAGAGGUAGGAAAGCAAAAGUACCCGUAUUUGAUUUAGAAAGUGGGGCCCGCAGUGGGUUUAAAGAACUUGAAGUUUCUGAAGAUUGUGGAGUUGUCAUAAUUGAAGGUGUUUACGCUUUACACCCUGAUAUCAGAAAGUCACUCGACCUCUGGGUUGCUGUUGUUGGAGGUGUACAUUCACAUCUCAUUUCUCGAGUUCAAAGAGACAAAAGUAAAGCAGGAUGCUUUAUGUCCCAAAAUGAAAUCAUGACAACCGUCUUUCCUAUGUUCCAGCUUCACAUUGAACCCCACCUUGUUCAUGCACAUUUGAAAAUCCGUAAUGAUUUUGACCCUGUGCUAUCCCCCGAAAGCUCAUUAUUUGUAUUAAAAAGCAACAAACAAGUGGCAUAUCAAGAUAUUUUAAAGUUGCUUGAUCCUAAAAAGAUUUGCAGCUCUGCUCAAAAUUUUAUUGAUAUAUAUUUAAGGCUCUCUGGGAUUCCAAGUAAUGGACAAUUAACAGAGACUGAUUGUAUGCGGGUGAGAAUAUGUGAAGGGAGAUUCGCACUACUCAUAAGGGAGCCUAUAAGAGAAGGGGAUUUCAUAAUUCAACCAAAGGUCGACUUUGACAUCAGUAUCAGUACAGUUUCCGGUCUUCUCAAUCUUGGGUAUCAAGCUGUAGCUUACAUUGAAGCAUCUGCAUAUAUCUACCAAGAUGGAAAGCUUUUGAUGGAGGUUGAUCAUUUGCAAGAUGUCCCGGGGCCAUAUAUACAGAUUAAAGGGGCAAAUAAGGAAGUUGUUGUAGCUGCUGGUUCGGCUCUUGAGCUUGAUGGUUCUUACACCACAAAGAGUUACCUUGAAAUAGUACUGGAAAAAUUACCAGCUUCAGAGAGAAAUUCAAGUGGGAUCAAUGUUCAACAAGCUGCACGGUUGCAAGAACUUGUAGAAAACAUUCAAUCUCAGGGUAGCAGUUCAUCAUCUGAGUCAUCACCAAGUAGGGAGGUUAUUUCUCCCAUGGAAGGUGUGAUUGAAGAUAUGCAGUCAAGAAUCAAGAGACUCGAACGGUGGCAGGCAAUUAAUACAGUGCUAUGGACAUUUUUGAUGUCUGCUUUUGUUGGAUAUUCACUAUAUCAAAGGAAGCAUCAGUAAAAUUUAAUUACAAGUUUUCAGGUGAAAAGUUUAGAAAUAAUGAACAUAUUUGAAAAGCUAACACCAAGAACCGGAGACUAACUACAUACAUAGCAGUAAUUUUUUUUUUUAUUUUUUUUAUUUCUGUUUAUUGAAAGAAACUUUACAAAACAGUGAAAUUAUUAAUUUAAGGGCAAAG